GUUUCUCAAAUGAAGCCUAAGCUGAGUAUCAUUGGUUUGCAUCCCAGCUGGUUGCGUGGAUCCACACUGUUCCAUGAGAGGAAGCUGGUUUUGGUCACGUUGGUUUCCUUAAAGCUGUGAACCUGAACGCACCUCCUGCCUGAUGUUUUUUGCCUGGAGCCAUUGUACCAGCUUAUGAGUCAAAGAAGCAGCUGAGUCAGCGUAAUUCUGGAUCCCUUCCUAAAGCUGCCUCCCUGCUGGGAAACAAACCGUGUUGGUUUUGAUUAGAUGUUCACAGAUUUGUGAACGCUGCUCAAACGAUAGUGACCACUCAUUACUUAGCAGAACAGUUAGUUCUCUGUUGUGGUUUUGUCUGAUUGUUUGCUGACACACAAGCUCUUAGACAUAAUCUUUUCUUCUGGAUUAGGGAGGUGAAAUGAAAACAGACCAAAUCAGGGACCUUAUUAUCUCCUAACUUUGGAUAAUCUGAUGGAGCACAAAGAAUGCUCCUUAUCCACUUGGUGAUUCUGGUUCUGUAGCUCCUUGCUUGAGUCUUUCCGAACUGUCAACUCUGAAACACACAUGAAUUGUUGGAGUUUGAGUUGUAGCUCAUUGUUUUCUAGAUUGUUGGAAUUCGAUCAGAUCUACUUGUCCUGUCAGCAGGUUCCCCAUGAUAUAAGCUGCACGUCUCUGCAGCUCCUUUCCAGGUAUCGGAGGCCUCCUGAUUGCUUGCUUGCUUCUCAGUCUUUUAAACCUUUUCACAUCUUUCUCUGUGACCUUUCUGAUACAAUUCUUCUUUUUUUUUUUAUCACUGAGGCCUUUAAAGAGCUGCUGAACUUGGGCACAGACUAAAUCGUUAAUUGGCCCACAGUUUUCCCCUACUCUGUGCCAGGUACACCUGUUAGUUUAGCAAUUCCACAAAAAAAGUGGAAACUUCAAGGGGUAUGAAUAUUUAAGCAAGAUACAGUUGUUUUUUAUAGAUGCCAUGUGAUGCUCUUGCGUUCUUUCCAAGGUGGCCCCAGUUAUGUACCAUUAAACAGGACAAACCAAUGCAUUUAUGGAGAUAAAUAAGGCAAUCUCCAGGUGCGUCAGAAUCAUUUUCCUUAAAAUCCUUUAAACUCCCAGGAUGAAAAAAAUAUAUAGUUUCAUCAAUAAAAGCUUCAAAGAUGGAAAACUACAGGUUUUAGUGCGUUAAUUAAUUAGUGUUUGACUCUAUCUUUGUAAAAGUCUCCAUUGCUUUAAAUCUGCAGCCAAAUAUGGGCCAACAGAAGCAAAACACAACACUGUUGCAGAUGAUUCAGCCGUGUAGAAACAGUCUCUUUUGUCAAUGCAACACAUUGGGGAUCUUUUUUAAUAAUUGUUUCAUUACGCAGCUGGGUUAAAUUCAAAGUUCCUACUUUUCCAGCCUUUUUUAAGCAAUUCGACGAAAUCUCUGUGAAUCGGUGUGGAAAAGUACAACAUUCAACGUGGAAAAAACCAGUCUGUGCCACAGAGGUAAACUUGUUUUUUGGAGUUAUGUGAGCCAUGUUGCCACAAAGAAAGUGGGAGUCGGCGAAGAAGCCCUGCACGUUUGGUGCACCUGUGCAGACGCUGUUAUGCAGUUAUGCAGCACGGUGCUGAUUCACAACAACACAGUAACACACUGAACCAGCCCCGCAGCAUGUAACCUCCCUAAAAGGCCACUGGUGACGCCGGCUUCCUGAGGUGGAGGCUUUAAAGGCGGGAGCAGGAGGGCCAGACAGACACAUCAGGCUCUCUGCUGACAGCAAACAGGUCAGUGAGGAGGACGGUAGCACCGAGAGGAGAGGCAGACAACAUUCUAGUGAAGUCCUGCAACUGAAGGCGGCAAUGGAGACGUUAGUUUGUCCGAUGGGUGGAGGAGCCACCAGGCUGUACAGCACCCUGACCCAGACGUUCAGCGGCAGCAGCUCUUACCUGAGCCCCCACCAGCCCCAGCUUCCAAACCUGGAUUCAGAUUUCUGCCUGCAGAAGGACUCCGCCUUAUGCCCCCUUGAUCCAUCGGAGCUGCUCCGGCAGUGUGAGGAGGCCCUCAGGGACCAGCCUCCUCGGCUGCACAGGAACUUUGUCUACGUCAGCGAUGGAGACGGCGCAGUCGGCAGCCCCAUCAGGGUGAUGCAGUGGAACAUCUUAGCCCAAGCUCUGGGCGUAGGAGUGGAUAAUUUCGUCCGGUGUCCCCUGGAGGCCCUCAGCUGGUCGCGUAGGAAGAACCUCAUCCUGGGCGAGAUCUUAGCAUACCGACCUCACAUCCUUUGCCUGCAGGAAGUAGACCACUACUAUGACACCUUCCAGCCAGUUUUGGCCAGCCUGGGCUACAGCAGCCAUUUCUGUCCCAAACCCUGGUCUCCGUGCCUGGAUGUUGAGGGUAACAGCGGUCCUGAUGGCUGCGCCCUCUUCUUCGACGAAUCCCGCUUCGAGCUACUGGACAGCGUCGACAUCCGACUCUCAGCCAUGAUGAUCCCCACUAAUCAAGUUGCCGUGGUGACAACUCUGCGCUGUCGGAGCACUGGAAGGUAUCUGUGCGUGGUUGCGACCCACCUUAAGGCCCGUUCAGGCUGGGAGUGGCUUCGCAGCGCUCAGGGGUCAGAUCUCCUCUGGCAUGUCCAGAAUCUGAUCCGAGAGCUGAGCGGCGACAACUCUAACAUCGAAGUACCUCUGCUGAUUUGUGGCGAUUUCAACGCCGUCCCAUCAGAGGAGGUGUACCGACGGUUUGCCACUUCUCCUCUAGGUUUGGACUCUGCCUAUAAGAAGCUCAGUCAGGAUGGUGUAAGCGAGCCGGAGUACACAACGUGGAAGAUCCGAGGCACAGGCGAGUGCUGCUCCACUCUGGACUACAUCUGGUACACUAAGGACACGCUGAGGGUGGACGCGGUGUUGGACAUGCCGGAUGAGGAGCAAAUCGGACCCGACAGGCUUCCAUCCUACAGCUAUCCAUCAGACCACCUCUCUUUGGUCUGUGAUUUCAGCUUCAGGGAGAAGGAAUGAGAAGGAGAGCGCUCGAUGGGAAGCGUUGAUGCCUUGGAGUUGAGGUGAACUCCCUCCCUGCUUCACUCCACAGAGAGCUUCACGUGAGUGAAGAUGUGAAGACAUGAGGCUUGGAAACCAGUGUGGAGUGACUGAGAUGUUUUUAAAGUGUUGAAGAGAACGCGCCGCUGAAGUCUUCCUUCAUGAAGUCGGGUUUCAGCACCAGCUUUACCGUCUCGUACCAUCAUCUUCAAUCAAGCUGCUCCUUGAUGAACUUUUUAUACUAAAAUCAGACUGUAAAAAUAAUACUGUUUCAUACUGCCAUCAUAUAAUAUUGAAUGAAAUUAAAAAUGGAUUUGCCCUAUUUGUUUUUUUAAUUCAACCUUUUUAUA